ACAUCUAAGCAGCAAAGGCAAUGGUCGCCAGAGACAAAUGAGCAGCGCCCAAUUCAUGGACAAUACGAUAGUUCCACAAAUGCAUCGAGCUCGAGUUCUGGGAGUUUCAUUGAGUUCAGUCCACCACCCGUAUCUGCUGUCUCAAUGGAACCACCCGCCAAGAAAGCGUCGCCUCCGCCUUUACCGACAAAAAGAAUAAUCCCAAAUGUUCGAAGGCGGCUCCCUUAGUUGAGGAGAAAGCAACACACGACUGAGGAACCAACAAAGCCAAGGUCACGAAUCGGAACUAUGGUCGAAACACGAAAAGGAGAGUGGAAACUCGCAGAUAAGGUGACUCGUGCUUCUCAUAAAACCUACGAGGCAACUGCUAGCCAGCAAGCCAAGCAGACCACAAUCGAUAAACCCAUUCAUCAGAAUCCUCGCCCUGUUAUAUCGCCUCAAACUUCGGCUAAACCGCGACCGAAUGGCAUACGUCCUCACAUAGCAGAGUACGUGAAUCAUGUCCCUACUAAAUCGGCGAAACACACACAUAGUAGCGAAGUAAAUCCCGAACCUCAGUUCCGACCCGAGCGAGAAUUAGCAUGGGGAUCACUUCCUCGUCCUGCGUCCAACAAAAGACCGGAUGACUUGGAUUUGAAACCACAUCACCAUCCAUUUUUCCAACAUCAUCACCAUUCCCCCUUUCAUCGCCUUCACCAUGUCCAUGGCGCUCCUGUGACCUGGAUUGACAGGAAACCUGAGAAGUCUCCAAGUCGACAUCCUUGGAGAGCUGAACCACAACAACAUCGUCAGAUGCAGAAACCGCGGUCUCCCGCACCCCAGCUUCCAUAUACCUGGCAGUAUGCUGUCAGCAAUGCAUCAUCGUUGGAACGCGCUUUAAACGCCGUGCAGCAGCGAGUGGAAAAGAUGGACUCUCAAGCAAUUUACCCAUCCAAGCCAGUGAAUAUCUCGAAAGACACAAAGCGAGCCAAGCAAUCCACCAGCCAGAACAUUACUCACAAACACCACCAGCAUCAUCCAUUACUGGCGGAAGCAUCAUGCAUGGAUUAUCACAGUCCUGGAUAUUCACAAGUUUUACCGGAACCUACUCUGACUCGUAAACACGUGAACACCGGUACUGCAUUUAGAAAAGAGCUGCCUGAGCCAAAACCCCGGUCGCCCUUGAUGCCGAAGGUGAACAAAACCUUCGCGAAGGAGGAGGACGAAGUCAUUGAGCCAUUACUUAGCCGGCAGCCACCUCUGGCGGCGAAGGAAAAUGAGGCGCAAGUAACGCGGCGCCUCGAUGAGAGACCAAAUAAAUUUCCUAAUGAGCCAAAGAUCCAACAAUCUCCGGUUCUGAAAGAGAAUGAAAGGAACCCGAGCAGGAAAGACUUGGCAAGUCAGUAUCAACAGCGGUCACCUCGUCGCACGAACCAGGCGGCGACACUUGUGAAAGGUCCUCGGGAUGUUAAGGCAGCCCUCGAAGAUUUAGACGAUUUCUUUGAUACGGAUGAUGCUAUGAUUGAAGAUCGAGCAGUGCUUCAAGGGCUACAGGUUGCCGUUAAAGCUGCCGCCGAUGAUUUGUAUGAUGCGCUAAUACGCAAGAAAACGGGUCUAAGGAUUCGACGGUUCUUGGCCGACCUUAGAUCUAUCGGUGCACUCGAUGCUGAGUUGGCAGCAGACCAUCGUACGCAACAAUGACGAGCCGAGAAAGGAGAGGGAAGAAGAAGAAGAAGAAGAAGAAGAAGAAGAAGAAGAAGGAGGCGGAGGAGGAGGAGGAGGACAAGAGACAGAUAAGCAGGAGUAGUUGGCAAAAUUGCGUGCUGAGGGUCCGGUAGGGCGCAGGAAGGUUGCUUGGCUCGCAAAGGGAAGAUAACAACCGAGUAGAGAUUACGAUUGAAUAGAACUGCUAGAUUCCCAGGUUAGCUGUCGGCACAAGGCUUAGAGACAGUGCGGCAGCGUGACUUGUGAGAGACUGCUUGGCCAAAGUCGAUUGCUC